AUGAAACUAGCAGAAAAGGCAACAAGGCUUCACAUUAUUGAUUUUGGUAUUUCUUAUGGUUUCCAAUGGCCCUGCUUUAUCCAACGUCUCUCCAAGAGACCUGGUGGACCUCCUAAUAUUCGGAUGACAGCAAUUGAGCUUCCCCAACCAGGUUUUCGACCUACAGAGAGGGUUGAAGAGACGGGGCGCCGCUUGGAUAAAUAUGCUAAGAGAUUCAAUGUCCCAUUUCAGUACAAAGUCAUUGCUCAGAAAUGGGAAACUAUCCAGUUUGAGGAUCUUAAAAUUGACAGGGAUGAGCUGAUUGUGGUUAAUUGUAUGCACCGGUUAAAGCACAUACCUGAUGAAACAGUGAUGGCCAGCAGUCCGAGAGAUACUGUCCUAAAGUUGAUCAAGAGAAUUAAUCCAGACCUGUACAUUCAUGGAGUUAUCAAUGGGGCAUACAAUUCACCCUUCUUUCUCACACGGUUCAGAGAGGCACUCUUUCACUUCUCUGCACAGUUUGAUAUGUUUGAGGCCACCAUUCCUCGAGAAGAUGAACAGCGGCUGAUGUUUGAAAAGGCGGUAUUUGGUAAAGACAUAAUGAAUGUCAUAGCGUGUGAGGGACUGGAAAGAGUUGAAAGGCCUGAGACAUACAAGCAGUGGCAGGUUAGGUAUCAGAGGGCUGGCUUCAAGCAGCUCCCAUUAGACCAGGAGCUGUUGAAGAAAGUGAAAACUAUGUUGAAGGUGAUGGGUUAUCACAAUGAUUUUAGAAUCGAUGAAGAUGGCCACUGGAUGCUGCAGGGAUGGAAAGGAAGAAUUAUCAUGGGUCUUGCUUUUUGGAAGCCUGCUUAA